UGGUCCCCAACAUCAUCAUCAAUGCCGAACUCGCCUUCUCCACCUCCCCCGCCCUUCACCUUCACCUCCGGUAAUUUUGAUUACCCGCAAGCGACUUCCUCGCCGUCUCCUCCAGCUUUACGCCGCGUGCCUACCCAUGUCGCCCUUGACCGUAUCCUGCGACGCCAUCAAGAAAGGGAAAGGCGACGUCAGACCAACACCCAAACGGAGCAGGAUCUCACCGAACAAGUUCCUCUCAUUACUCGCGCCCAGCGAUGGGAAAUGCUCCGAAAUUCCCGUGCACCUCUCCCGCCCCAUGCUGAGCGCCUUCAUGGCGAUGAGUUGCUGCGCCGCUCCCGAGAGAUUCUUACAGAGCAGCGUUCUUUGUUAGCCGCCGCAUCCAUGAUUGAGAUUGAUAUUCCCCACGGUCUCCCCGACGGUCGUAGAAGCCGUAGCCCUACCAGUGAGAUGGAUGAGCUCUCGAGGCAAUCAAAACGUCGAAAACUCGCCCAUGAUGGGACUUCCAUACCGGAAUAUGAUGGUUUCAAGUAUGGCUACAAAGGUCAGGUCGUUCCAGGGAGAUUGAAGAUGAACGUAAUGAGCUGCGAUGGCGGCGAAUACGAGAGACACAGCUCGGAGCGCCUCUAUAAAGUGCAGAACGUCUUGAGCAACGAUAAGAGUGUAUAUUGCAGCGAGAAUUCGAGAUGCAACCUGUUGCUCGAACAUCAGGGAGGCACUCCGUUCUGUCUAGAAAGGCUUGUGAUACGCGCUCCUGACCGCGGCUUCACAGCUCCUGUUCAAGAGGGACUUGUCUUUGUGUCAUUGUCGUCCGAAGAACUGCUAUCCAAGACCGCAUCCUACAAAAUAGACUAUAAUCCGCACUCGCCAGUCGUGUCCCCAUCACCGAGCUCAUCGGACGAUCAGCUUCUAUCUCUCCAUGAAGCACUUGUUGACCCCCAAAUAUCCGCCAACUCACGCCAGGAUACGGAAAAUCAUGCGGACCGGCGGAGACUUCGCGGUCGACGAUACAGGCCAAGACCCAACUCGCAGUCCGCGCGAACCCGCUCAACACAAGUACCGCCUGUUGUUGCUGAAGCGCAUGAUUACGAGAGUAAUUCAGAUAAUUGCCCUUACUAUGUUGAAGACGGCGAUCCCAUCGCUGGCAUAUCCGCACCCACACCACCUCCAUUCACCAUCACGACAGAAGAUGAACAGGAAGACUCCGACGGUGAACAAACACUGCCGGCACCAGCCAUAAUGGCUGAUCGACUUCGCCGGGAGUCUCGCUGGCGGCCCGAAACCGACGACGAAGACGAGGAUGGCGAUGAUCCACAAACCCGAAUGCCUCUUCUGCGGCGCGCCGAUGCGCUUGACACAUGGGAGAACUUCCGUGAACGUCGCUGGAGGAACAACCGCCAGGCUAAUCCCAUCCGCGCCACUAGGCUGCGCACUCCUAGUCGGAUUGAGCCAGAUGAUGACGAUGCGGGUGGGUCUAUGGCAUCAAUCCAACCUCACGCGAGGUUCUUCAUUGCAAAGAAUAAGAAUAAGAUUACGAUCAAGUUCAAUCCUGCUCUUUCCGGGAAAUUCAUUCUCCUCAAGCUCUGGAGCCCCACCUCUGAUGGAAACAUCGACAUUGAGAGUGUCCAGCUUUACGGCUACUCUGGUCCUCGCUUCUUCCCUGCUGUACAGGCUCGUUGA